GUUGCACGGUUGCUAUGGCUUCCGGAAACAAACCCGGAAGUCUCCCUGUGGACAACAUCGCUAGAAAUGGAGACUUUUCAGGUAAUGUCAUCAGAAGACAUCCAGCUUCUGAGGAGACCUCUUCCUCCUAAACACUCCCCAUUACACUGUACGAUAGCAGAAUCAGCACUUACACAGGUCCAUGAAGAGAGCAGAACAGGAAGAAGAAAGGAUUGGAGUGACCAUGGCAAUGCUCUUCCAUCUUCACCUCUGUCCUUCCUCCCUGCUGAAACUCCCACAAUUCAUGUCAACUCUUUCCCUUCCAGACCACGAAGAAUUAUUCCCAAAGCCUGUAUUUUAGCGUUCCUGAGAGAUGAUCCUCGUUACGCACCUCGUCCCCCGGAAUUCCUGCUGGACUUCCUGAAACCCACUCAGUCAGCGAGUGAACCAGUCCACACCAGCCAAUCACAGGAGGAGGUGAUCCAGGACCUGUCACGCUGGAACUACAGGAAGUUCAUCGAUCACUUCCUGUCUGAGCUGCAUGAUGGGCAGCAGAGUGAAGUGGCCAGGAAGCUAAUGAGCUGUGAGCAGUUUCCUUGUCUUGAGCGCAGAAUCCCGCAGUGGCAGAUCAAGUGCGAGUUGGCUGCAGUGGCUCUGGUGCAACUGCAGAAGUGUGUGAGACAUCAGAGAAAUGACAAUCCUCUUUGGAUGGUAGAUGAGAUGCCAGAUGCAUGCACACACACACAGUAUGACACAGACCCAGUUGUUCUUAGUUUUCAGGGCUCAAUUCGAUCUCAUGCCCCUUCCCUCACUCCACUCAGCCCGUCUGAGCGUGCCGUUGUAGACUGCCUCGAGAAAGGAGGCAGCGUCCUCAACCUCAAGGCUCACUUUAUUGACCAACUACCUGAUCCGUCUCGACUUAUUUCGACUCUCUGCUACUUAAAUCUUUCAUUUAAUGAUUUUUGUUUGUUUCCUGUGGAGGUGUGUGAGCUCACUAAACUGGAGGUGCUGAAGCUGAGAGGUAACCCGAUCGAGAAAAUCCCAGCCGAGAUCGAGAAGCUGAUCAACCUCAAGAUGCUGGUGGUCUCGUUCUGCAAGCUCACUGCUCUACCUUCUCAGUUAUACCAUCUGCCCUCUCUGCAGCACCUGGACGUCUCACACAACCUCAUUGGCUGCUUGAGCAACAAGAUCAUGAACCUCAGGUCACUACGUUAUUUAAACCUAGAAGGAAACCUGUUAGCCGCUCUACCCACGGGACUGCUGCACCUCCCUCUGUCCCAACUGAUACUGGAUACACACUCUCAGCAGUUCCUCAGAAUCGGCGCAUGACAGGAUGACAGGAUGUUCUUCUUUUAAAUGACAUGCCAUUGUUGGGCUGGAUGUUUGUUUUUUUUUUGUUUAUUUUUUUUUUUUAAGAAAAAAAUAAUAAUAUCUUUAAUCCUGCACUGAGCCUCUCACAAUCAAACACUUCUUAACAACUUUCCUGAAAUAAUAAACACUGUUUGUUGUGAAACAUAGCAGUAUCCUCGAUAACAGAUCAGUGCUUAAGUUUUACUCAUCUAAACAUCUUGGACAUGCUGAUGGGAAGACCCUUAACCCCCUCACCUGCUCGGGUGGAUAAAUCAGGUACAGGUAUGUCAUUUUGGAUAAGGACGUCUGGCGAGUAGGGUGAAAGAAUAAACACUUGGGGACAUGCUGUUAUAGGAAUAUAAUCAGUGAUGAGGUGGUGUGAUGUGGCAUGAUGCAGUUGAUUAUUAGAAAAAUAAUGUUUAUUAAACACAACUUAUUUUUUUAUUCACACCAUUUUGGCAUAACAUUAUGACCACCUGCCUAAUAUUGUGUUGGUCCCCCUUUUGCUACCUAAACAGCCCUGACCCGUCAUGCACUGUGUAUUCUGACACCUUUCUAUCAGAACCAGCAUUAACUUCUUCAGCAGUUUGAGCAACAGUAGCUCGUCUGUUAGAUCAGAUCACACGAGUCAGCCUUCACUCCCCACGUACAUCAAUGAGUCUUGACCGCCCAUGACUCUGUCGCCGGUACAUCACUGUUCCUUCCUUGGACCACUUUUGAUAGAUACUGACCACUGCAGACCAGGAACACCCCACAAGAGCUGCAGUUUUGGAGAUGCUCUGAUCCAGUGGUCUAGCCAUCACAAUUUGGCCCUUGUCAAACUCGCUCAAAUCCUUAUGCUUGUCCAUUUUUCCUGCUUCUAACACAUCAACUUUGAGGACAAAAUGUUGACUUGCUGCCUAAUAUAUCCCACCCACUAACAGGUGCCAUGAUGAGGAGAUAAUCAAUGUUAUUCAGUGCUCAGAAUGUUUUGCCUGAUCGGUGUAUAGUUAUAUUUUAAAGUAGUGAAAUGUCUAAGGAAUAAGUCACACGUGCCGUUUCUACACCAGCACCGGAACCUCCACUUCCCAGAAUGUACUGUGGCCUACAAAAUAUGGGCUCCACAGACUACACUAACACACCUUUCAUUCUGUGUAUUAAUAUUCUUGCUAUUAGUUUUUGCAUUUUUUUUGGAUUUUGUCAAAGUUUGCUGAUCACCUGACCUUUCACCCUGUUCGUGAUUAUAAGUUUUGAGUCAUGUUUUUGUGAACCUCAUCCAGUCUGGUGUAUGGACACAGCCCAGUGUGGUUGACAGAAGGUAUGCAAGCUGCUUAACACAAGUACAUCCACCCUGUGAAACCUCUCUUGUAUUUUUGAAGAGCACAGACCAACCAUGUGGACCAACUAUGACACAACUCCUGAUGUAAUAAACAGAUGUUUGAUGGUCAGUGUGUGAGAGGGUUAUGACAAAAUCCAGAAUGCAGACAACAGAGAUGCACAGAACCUCCAAAAAAUAGAGCACACACACACACACAAGGGUCACACACAAACGUAACAAUAAUAGAACAAUGGUUAAGCUUACACAAACAGGAUACGUCACCAACGCUUCACAUUGUGUGUGCAUUUUCUAUUCUUUAAACAGGAAGUGGUGUGUUGAAGAAGAUGUGUCAGUAAUAUUUAGGGCAGAGCACCCUCUGCAGCUAUGGAGGUGUGAUGUAGUUAGGCUUCUGUUUAUUUAUAUACUGUAUUAUUUUGGGACAAAAAAAAAAAAAAUAUAUAUAUAUAUAUAUACAUACAUACAUACAUAUAUAUAUUUGCUGAAUAAACAACAGGAGCACACAAAUCCCAUCUUUGCAAUAUUUCAAAUAUUACUAAAAAUGAAUAAUACAAAAAAGGAGAUUAUUACAAAAAUAAUGUUUAUUAAACACAACUUAUUUUUUUUUAUUCACACCAAUUAGGCAUAAAAUAUGACCACCUGCCUAAUACUGUGUUGGUCCCCCUUUAGCUGCCAAAACAGCCCUGACCCGUCAUGCACUGUGUAUUCCGACACCUUUCUAUCAGAACCAGCAUUAACUUCUUCAGCAAUUUGAGCAACAUGGUUCUCUAAUGGAGCUCCAUUUGUAAAUCAUGUUGCAGAAACUCGAGGGUAAAUUUUAAGUAAAACUGUAGUUCAGUGAAGCUGUGGUUUCUGUAGCAGAUCUUCUGUUGUGGUUUAUUUAAUCACAUUCUUUCAUUAUGUACAUUACAGACUCUCUACAGCGUUAGAGAAUUUCUCUCACAAAGGCCUGAAUGUUCUGUUAUGUUUCAUUGGUUCAGAGUCCAUUACAAAAUAAAGUGAAACAAAAUAUAACUA